AUGUCGCGUGUAGGGAAGAAGACUGGCGCUGCCCUACUAGCCGAAUUGCGAGCGAACCGCGCGGCGGGCAAGACGCGUUUGUCCACAUACGAAGUCGCCGAAGAGGAGCAAUUGUACGACGAGGUCGACGAAGAGGGGUACAAGAAGAUUGUGCGGGGAAGACUGGAUAAAGAUGACUUCGUCGUCGGCGACGAGGGCGAGGGAUACGUUGAUGACGGCAGAGAAGAGUGGGAUGACGGACAGGGUCAAUACCACUAUGCUGCCACGGAUAGCGAAGAAGACGACGAGCGGCCCGCCAAGGGCAAGGCUGGUAUGGUGUCAAUCAUCAAGCCCAAGCGGAAACGCGAAGAAGACGAGGAGAAGCGAAAAAAGAUCGACAAUGGCAUCAGCAAGUACUUCAGUGCGAAGAACGCUGCAAAGGCACCUAAAGCAAAGCCUGUUGCCACCGCCGCCGACAAGGACUUCAUGGAGGACCUGUUAGGCGAGAUGAACACAAACCCCGUCCGCUUAUCCACGAACCGAAUGCGACCCGUCAAAACAGAGGCACGCCGAAAAACACGCGUACUUUCACCUCCUAUCUCGGAGAACCGACCGGCUCCGACUACAAGGCGAAGCAAUGAUUCAGACGCACACAUGCCAGAUACACCACCGGCAACGAAUGCAUACGUCGACGAUGACGACCUCCCCGUACUCGACGAUGAUCAGCCUAUGAGCGACCUCCCACUACAAUCGUCACCUGUCGCCAAAGCCGUAGAACGAAGAGCACAGCCUGCGAUCAAACAAGAAGAAGACGAAGAUGACCUCAUGGAGGUUGCUCAACCCACGACACAUCUUGGUGUGCCAAUCACCAGUGUCAACAUGGCGGGUAGGCGACCGAUAGCAAAGCUCAAGAAAGAAGACUAUCCCACACCCGCCAGCUCGUCGCCCGUUGCACCUUCUUCAGCACCUGUCGAUGCUUCUUCCUGGAACGACGUUACAAGCAAGCUCAACGUUAUGAGCAGCCCCGCUCCAGCGACCACUGGCAUGGGCAAGAUACAACCACAGGACGCGGUGGAAGAGGAUGGUAGCUUACGCAUGUUCUGGAUUGACUACACCGAAAUCAACGGUAGCUUGUGUCUAUUCGGCAAGGUCAAGGACAAGAAGUCGGGCAACUACGUCAGUUGCUUUGUGAAGGUCGAUAACAUCCUCCGAAAGCUAUAUUUCCUACCCCGUGAAUACCGUCACAUCAGAGGGGUAACCACCGACGAAGAGGUUGGCCUGAGCGAUGUAUCAGACGAGGUUGACUCUAUUAUGAGCAAGCACCGCGUAAAUCUACACAAGAUUAAGCCGUGUACUAGGAAGUACGCCUUCGAGUUGCCCGACAUACCCAAGGAAGCCGACUACCUGAAGCUCCUUUAUGGAUACGACAAAAUGCCACUAUCCUCUGAUCUAAAGGGUGAAACCUUUUCUCACGUCUUCGGAACCAACACAUCCCUUUUCGAGCAGUUCGUGCUCUGGAAGAACGUCAUGGGACCGUGCUGGCUCAAGAUUGAUGCUCCCGACUUUGGUUCUGUUGCAAACGCUUCUUGGUGUAAGCUUGAAGUUGCAGUCAGCAAGCCCAACAACAUAACAGUCGUCAGUGCGUCGGACAAUCUUGACGCACCCCCAAUGACACUCAUGAGUCUCUCCCUACGGACUACUUUCAACGCGAAGGACAACAAGCAAGAGAUCUUGGUCGCCAGUGCUAUGAUCUACGACAACUUCUCCUUGACCGACACGACACCCGUGGACCAGAUGCAGUGCAAGAGCUUCACCAUUAUGCGGCCGAACGGCGCAGCUUUCCCAGUAGGCUUUGACAAAGAAGUGGAGAAGGUUAAGGGCAACAUGUACAUGAAGAAGACUGAGCAGGAACUUCUGAGCCUGCUGAUGGCGAUGUUCCAGCGGCACGACCCGGACGUCCUCGUCGGACAUCGCUUGGACGACGUGGAUUACAGCGUUUUGCUAAGCCGUCUGCGUGAAAAGAAGACACCGGGAUGGCACCGCAUUGGGCGACUCAAGAGAAGCGACUGGCCCAAGAGCAUGGGCAAGGGCGGCGGAAGUUUCUUCGCUGAGAAGCAACUAGCUUCUGGUCGCUUGCUGUGUGACCUGGCUAAUGAUCUCGGAAAGUCUCUGAUGCCCAAGUGUCAAUCGUGGAGUCUUGAGGAGAUGGUCCAGCUUGGGCUCAACAAGCGACGUGAAGAGCUCGACAACGAGGCCGCGCUCAAGACUUGGGCGACGACGAAGGAGGGUCUCCUCAACUACAUCAAGCACUGCCAAGCCGACGCCUACUUCAUCGCUGCGAUCUCGAUAAAGGUGCAAAUGCUUCCACUCACCAAGGUUCUCACCAACUUGGCGGGUAACUCCUGGGCCCGAACACUGAGUGGAACUCGUGCCGAACGUAACGAGUACAUUUUGCUCCACGAGUUCCACAAGAACAAGUACAUUUGCCCGGAUAAACAGUGGGGCAAGAGCAAAGUAAAGGCCGAGGAAGAAGCAGCCGAGGGCGAAGAAGGUGCGGAUGCCAAAAAGAAGGACAAGUUUAAAGGUGGUCUUGUCUUCGAGCCCGAGAAGGGUCUCUACGACAAGUUUAUUCUGGUCAUGGACUUCAACUCCCUUUACCCCAGUAUCAUCCAGGAGUUCAACAUUUGCUUCACCACCGUCGAACGAUCCGAUCUCUCGGAAGAUGACGACAAGGUGCCCGAAGUCCCCACAAACCAAGACCAAGGUAUCCUACCGCGCCUUAUUGCUACACUCGUCUCACGACGUCGCGAGGUGAAGAAGCUCAUGAAGGCCAAGGAUGCCACUCCAGAUGAGUUGGCAACUUGGGACAUCAAGCAAAUGGCUCUGAAGCUCACUGCCAACUCUAUGUACGGAUGUUUGGGAUACACCAAGUCUCGAUUCUACGCUCGACCACUCGCUAUGCUCACGACAUACAAGGGUCGUGAGAUUCUCCGCAAAACCAAGGACAUGGCCGAGGAGAAGGCAUUGCGCGUCAUCUAUGGUGACACUGAUUCCGUCAUGAUCAACACAAACGUCGAUAACAUUCAGGAUGCGCUGAAGCUGGGCAACGAGUUCAAGAAAGAGGUCAACGACAGCUACAAGCUUUUGGAGAUCGACAUCGACAACGUCUUCCGCCGUAUCCUGCUGCAUGCGAAGAAGAAAUAUGCUGCCAUUAACAUGGUCCCUGUCGAUGGCAAGUACAUCGAGAAACUCGAAGUCAAAGGUCUCGACAUGAGGCGCAGGGAGUACUGUGCUCUGUCCAAGGAGACAUCAACGGAAUUGCUCAACUUCCUACUUAGUGGUGAAGAUCCUGAAGUAGUCGUUGAGAAGAUCCACAACCACCUUCGCGAGCUGAGCAAACAGAUGCGCGAGUACGCCGUUCCAGCUCGCAAGUACACCAUCUACACGCAGCUCGGAAAGAACCCCAAGGAGUACCCCAACGGUAACUCGAUGCCCUCUGUCCAAGUCGCACUUCGCCUUCAAGCCAAGGGUAAACACGUCAAGGCCAAAGAUGUCAUGAGCUUCAUCAUCACAGGUGAAUCAUCUGGCUCGGCCGAGAGCGCAGCAAAGAACGCAUAUCCCGUUGACGAAGUUUUGAAAGCCGACAGUGAGCUGAAGCCCGACAUUGACUACUACCUCCACAAGCAAAUUCUGCCACCAGUGGAGCGUCUCUGCGCGCCCAUCAGCGGAACAAACAUCACUCUCCUCGCAGCGUGUCUUGGCCUUGACACAUCCAAAUACCGUGUGAGUACCGUUUCAGGAGGCGCACAACAAGACACCGAAAUCCACCCUCUGGAGUCACAGAUCCCAGACUCUGUGCGCUUCCAAUCAUGUUCGCCGCUUUGGCUCCGCUGCCGAGGAUGUACGACAGUAUUCCCAUUCCAAGGCCUCUCUUCGACAUCACCAACGUCGGUAUCGUUGCAGACCAUCUCGCACAGUGGUAUACAAUGUCCUGCUGAAGGCUGUGGGAAGAUACUACAGAACAUCAGUGUAGUGGCUCAGCUCGAAUCCUCCAUCCGCCAAGUUCUCGCUUCCUACUACGCAGGUCACGUUGUAUGCGACGAUCCCCAGUGCUCAAAUCGGACGCGAAGUAUAUCCGUCUAUGGACACCGGUGUCUUGGUCCAAAGGGACUCGCUCGAGAUUGCUUGGGCAAAAUGACCUACGAGAUCAAGGAGCGCGACGUCUGGAACCAGCUGUUAUACUACCAAUCCUUGUUCGACGUCGACCGUGUUGGUACAAUGGAUGGUGGUGUCAAGACGGAAGACAUGGAGAGGAAGGAGAAGAUCAAGGUACUGGCGGAAGUCAACAGAGAGAGAUUUGGCACGCUGAAAGGUGUGGUGGAGCGGUGGUUGGAGAGGAAUGGAAGGCAGUGGGUGCAGAUGGAUAGCCUGUUUUCUUUUGCGCUUAAGGCAUAG